ACAUAGGUCACAGACUAACAUCGGAGGGCUUGAAAAUUGACCCUGAAAAGGUACGCGCAGUACAGGAAAUGCCUAGACCCGCCGACAUCAAGGGCCUUCAGAGAUUGCUUGGAAUGGUUAACUACCUUGCAAAAUUUUGCCCACACCUGUCAGAUAGCUGUGAGGUCCUGAGGCAACUGACUCACAAGGAUGUGAUAUGGGAGUGGACUGACAUACAGGAAACUGCCUUUGUGAAAAUUAAAGAAAUGAUAGCCUCAGCACCAGUACUGAAGUACUACAACCCAACGGAGGACCUCACUCUCCAAUGUGAUUCAUCAGAAACCGGACUGGGUGCAGCGCUCUUGCAGAGGAGAGACGGCAGAGAAUCCAAACUGAGACAGAACGGGACCAGGCCCUUCAGGUGCUGAAACGAAGAAUACUGCAGGGGUGGCCAGAUGAUAAAGGGCAGGUCGAGGAUGAGGUGAGGCCGUAUUUUGAUAUGCGGGAUGAGCUAAGCGUACAGGACAAUGUCAUCUUUAGAGGACAGAGGGCAGUCAUCCCGACGGCUCUAAGAAAAGAAAUGAAGGACAAGAUCCAUGCAUCACAUUUAGGGAUAGAAAACUGCCUGAGGAGAGCGAGAGAAUGUGUGUACUGGCCGGGUAUGCAUGAACAGCUAAAAACGUACAUGGGAAACUGCCAAGUUUGCAGAGAAAAAGACACACGGCAACAGAAAGAACCAUUACAGAGCCAUGACUUCCCACUAAGGCCAUGGGCAAAAGUGGGCACAGAUAUAUUCACCUUCAAUAACAAAGAGUACUUAGUGACAGUGGACUAUUUUUCCAAUUUUUGGGAAGUUGAUUAUCUACCUGAUACCAGGUCCACCACGGUUAUCCAUAAGCUGAAAGCACAUUUCGCUCGCCAUGGUGUGCCUGACGUGGUGUUCUCUGAUAACGGCCCACAAUAUAGCUCACAGGAAUUCAAAAGAUUUAGCCAGGCCUGGGAAUUCGAACACGUUACAUCUUCACCUACCUAUCCUCAAAGCAAUGGAAAAGCAGAGUCUGCUGUCAAGACUGCUAAAAGGCUGAUGGGGAAAGCACUGCAGGCAAAGUCAGACCCCUACUUGGCCAUACUUGCUCACAGAAACACCCCAGCACAAGGCUUUCAGGCCAGUCCAGCUCAGAGACUAAUGAGCCGUCGGACAAAGACAUUGUUACCAAUGUGUGAGAAUCUACUGAAACCUGCUGUAGUGGACACUGACUCAGCUGUGCGAGAAAACCAACUCAGGCAGGCUCGCAACUACAACAGAGGGGCAAAGCCCCUGAGACCACUUCAGAAUGGAGAACGGGUGCGAGUGCAGUCACAGGUGGCCGGACACACAUACUGGGCACCUGCAUCAGUGGUGCGACAGGACCGGAAUAGGUCCUAUGCAGUAAAAAUGGAGAAUGGGACUGUGCUGAGACGCAACCGUAGACACCUGAGACCAUCGCCAGGGGUGUCACCAACAUCAGAGUCAACUGGCAGGAACCCGCCCACCCCAACUCCGGGUGGGGUCACACCACAACCAUGCUCACCUGACUACGUCACACCACAAUCCUGCUCACCAGCUGAGCCGGACCCUCAGACGACACAAGCUGGUGUCACCACCAGAUUCGGCAGGGUUGUGAGGAGGCCUGCACACCUCCGGGACUUUGUUUAAGGAGCUAAAUGUGUUUCACUGCCGUGUUUAGUUAAAGCACGGUUGUGCUGUUCUUCCCUCAUAGGUCCUUUGUUUACAAUUGGGUGGGACUGUU